UACAUAACCCUAUCUAUCCUCCCUCUCUCUCAAAAAAAGACAAAAAAUCAUACAAAAAACAUAAAAAAUAAAGCUUCUAUUUUCACAAAUGAAGUUCCAAAACUUUUUACAAAGUUUGGACAAAUUUAUGGAAUCUCAAUUUAUGAAGAAAUCCACUCAAUUACUUGCUUUAAUUUCUUUAUUUUCAUUCCUAUUUCCCUGCUAUUCAUCUUACUUAUCAUCUUUCUUUAGUCAUUAUUCAUUAAAUUACUCAUUUUCUAGAUUUCCAUUCCAACUUCUAAGCCAUGCUAUGGACAAAAACUAUGUAUUUCUAAUAUGCAAUGGCAUUUUCUUGGUGCUCCUCGCUAAUACUUCCAUCAGCGAGGAGCAACAGGAGGAGAAGGAAGAAGAAGAAGACAAAGACAAAGAAGAAAAAGUAGAAGAAGACGAAUUCUUGAACGAAUUUCAAGAAGACAAUUUACCUUUAUGCAUUGGGAUGCGAUCCUCGUAUUUAGAAAUAACAUAUCAAGAAGAAGAAGUACAUGCACAUGUACAAUGUGAAGAUCAUGAGGAAGUGUCUCAUGAGCUAACUUCUGACGUUGAAAACUCAAAUAUGACAAUCGUGGAAUACAAGCAAGAUGAAGCAACGUUAGAGGGUCAGGCCAUGGACGAACAAAAAGAAGUUGGUGGUAGUGAAGACGAAGAAUGUUCUAGAACCUACGAGAUCAUAGAGGAAGAUGAUCGCGAAGAAAAUGAUUUUCUUAUUGAGGAGGAAGAAGAAGAGGAGGAGCCAUUGAAUAAGUUGAGUAAUGAAGAAUUGAACAAGAAAUUUGAAGAAUUCAUAAGAAAAAUGAAGGAAGAAAUUAGGAUUGAAGCUCGUCAACAAUUAGUCCUCGUAAAGUAAUUAAUCAAAAUAUUGAGCCACAAAAACAGUCACUAAAGCUGCAUGUUUACAUCACACCUUGAGGUGUGACGCGCUUUUCAAGAUUCUGAGAACGCACGCGAAAUGCUUUGUGCCCGGGCUGUCCUUUGAUGUAGAUAAACAAAUAUUUUCACCUCAGUUAAUGUACAUGUAGAGUUUGUUUUUCUUUCCUUUGAGUAUUAGAUUAUUAUUAUUAUUAUUAUUUUAAUUUUACGUUUUCUAGAUUAGGUAGAGUAUAGUUGUAAUCAAAUCUAUGUAUGUAAUGUAAUGUAUGGACAUUAUUAUAGUUUGUCUUUAAUGAAAUUUUUGUUUAUUCCA